CAGACCGCCUAGCGGUUGUAGUUUGGCAACUCCAAAGAUGGCUAGCAAAAGUGCAGCGAGUUUGGAGAAAUAUGUGAGGGAGCGGGUUCCGCCAAUGCUAACUGACCAGUACCAGUUCACCAUGGCUUACACGUACUGGAAGAGCGGCCGACACCAGGAUGAGGCCGUGUUCGAGUUAUUUUUCCGUGAAAAUCCCUUUGGAGGCGAGUUUUCGCUCUUUUCAGGACUCACAGAUUGCUUGCUGUUUCUGAAAAACUUCAAGUAUACGGAGCAAGAUGUCGCCUUCCUGAAAAGUGUUCUGCCCAGUACGACGGAGGAAGGUUUUUUCCGUUAUUUGCUCACCAUGGACGCCAGCGGAGUUUCUGUCUGCUCCUUUCCCGAGGGAUCUGUGGUGUUCGACAGAGUGCCCCUAAUGGAGGUAAAUGGGCCUCUGGCCGUGGUGCAGCUGCUGGAAACCAGUCUACUCUGUCUGGUCAACUACGCCAGCCUGGUGUCCAGUAACGCUGCGAGGCUCCGUCUGGCCGCAGGUCCGAAGAGGAGGAUGUUAGAGAUGGGGCUGAGGAGAGCGCAGGGGCCGGACGGGGGACUGUCUGCAUCCCGCUACUCCUACAUCGGGGGGUUUGACAUGACCAGCAACAUGCUCGCCGGGCAGCUCUUUGGAAUACCAGUGUCAGGGACCAUGGCACACUCUUACAUCACUUCCUUUUCCUCCCUGGAGGAAGUGCGGCAUCGCACCCUGGCCCCAGCCCUGGGGGAGGGCCCGGCUCUUGACCUGGUGUCUCUGAGUCAGGCCUGGCUGCCCCGGGUUUGCUCCCUCCUGCAGGUGACGCAUAGUGAGGUGAACGAGGGGGAGCUUGCUGCCUUCAUCUCCUAUGCACUCACCUUCCCCAGGAACUUCCUGGUGCUGCUUGACAGCUACAGCGUCAUGAGGAGCGGGGUGCUGAAUUUCUGCGCCGUCGCCCUGGCGCUGUGCCAGCUGCACUACCAGCCGAUCGGGGUUCGACUGGACAGCGGGGACCUCUGCGGGCAGUCAGUGGAACUGCGCCGAAUAUUCCUGGCCUGCAGCUCCAGGUUUCAGGUAGCCGAGCUGCAGUCUCUGCUGAUUGUUGGGAGCAACAACAUCUCUGAGAAAUCCUUGCUGGAGAUGAAUGGGCAGGAGAAUGAGAUUGACGUUGUUGGUGUUGGGACCCAUCUGGUGACCUGCCCAUUGCAGCCCUCGCUGGGCUGUGUUUACAAGCUGGUUCAGGUGAAUGGUGCCCCGCGGAUGAAGCUCACUGAGGACUCUGGGAAGAGUACCCUGCCCGGGAGGAAGGCUGUCUACAGGCUGUUCAGCCAGGACGGUCACGCUUUCCUGGACCUGCUGGCUCUGAGGGAGGAGCCAGUCCCGGCGGAGGGGAUUGCAGUGCAGUGCAGAGUGCUGGGAGGGUGGGAGGAGGAGACGGUGACUGCAGCACGCGUGGAGCGCAUCCAUCAGCAGUGCUUCACACAGGGCCAGAUCAGCCAGACUCUUCCAAGCACUGCUGACAUCCGAACCCGAGUCCAGGCUGCACUGAGCACGCUCCACCCAGGACAGAGGAGACUACAGCAGCCGGAGCGAUACAAGGUAGCUGUGUCAGAGAAACUCUACUGCCUACUCAGGGACCUCAAGAACAGUUUGAAGAACUAGCUCUCUCAAUCUGAAACCAGUUAAACCCAUGCCUGAUUAUCGUUAGGGGCGUCAUGAUACACUGAUGUCACAAUACAUAUUCUGUUUGUGAUGACCCUGAUGGGCUGUUAGUAUGAUGCAUAAUAAGAUCAAAUGAUAAUUUAAUGAUGGACCACUUUGUUAAAACAACAAAUUACAUGAUAUCGGGGGAGAAUAUGUAUUCACACCAACUAUAAAACACACUAAUUCAUCAUUCAAGAACCACUUUGUGAGCUACAAUGAGCUAUGGUGUGAUCUUGCAUCACAAUGAAAAUGAUGCAUACCUCUUUUAAGAUGUGAUAUAUCAUGUAAAGAAAGUAUCGCAAUUCAUCGAUGCACAUAAUUGUCCAGGUGCACAGGUCUGUAUGGAGAAUGGGUAGUAAAGCACUGUGCUGUCCCAGUGACUGCCCUCCCCUCCCUCUGCAAGCAGGUUCAUUCAGGUUUCGGGGUGGAAAAUGGGUAAUAGGUAAUUCCCUUUAACAUGUUGUUUUAAAUAUGUAGGUAUUACAAAAAUGAAUAAAACAUGUUAAUUACACAAUGUAAAAUAAAACUUUCCCUGUUUGCUCAAUCAAUAGCAAUCUGACAUUGUGGUUCAAUAUAGAACCUGUUGUGAUCAAAACAACUAAACCCACUCAUAUUUAA